AUGAAGGGCGCCGUUGGCCUUGCGGCGCUGGGCUGCUAUGCCCUCAGACUCACAAGCGCAAAGGUGCUGAAAUGGAGUCCGGACCACGACGACGCCAACCGGAACCGGGCUCCGGCCCAGGCAACUCUCGGCUACAUGCCCUUGAUGGGCGUCUUCGCGCCCGCCCCGAUGCCCACCCCGGCGCCGAUCUCUCCGCAGCAUCAUCUCGACGCCAGGGACGCAACCGACAACACCUGCGCCUAUAUCAGCGGGAGCUCUGAAUACCCCCUCUACUGCCCCGUGACGGCCCGCUGCGUCUACAACAACUUCAACUCCCACGUGGGAUGCUGUCAGGACUCGUCCACCAUCUGUCCCGUCUUCACAAAGUGCCUAGACAGGACCCAGAGCGCCCGCUUCACCACCGAUAACGGUUUCACUGCGUGGUGCGGCCAGGCCUCGUAUCCCCACUGCCUUACCCACACCUUUGCCGGCCCUAGGACCGGAUACACCCUGCUGGGCUGUGGCGUUGCCGCCGGCACCGACGAAGUCCUCCAAACCGUCUUCUCCAUCUCGGCCCCGUCCUCGACGACAUCUCUGCCGACUACCAGCUCAAAGUCUAGCACCGGCACCGCAGACACGGCAGGCGUCACCGACAACAGCUCGCCUAACAACCAGCCCGCCUCGUCUUCGCCCUCGUCCUCGCCCCCGAUCGCCGCCAUCGUCGGCGGCGUCGUCGGCGGCGUUGCUGUCAUCGCCGUCCUCGCCUUUUGCAUCUUCCUGCUGGUCCGCCACAACAAGAAGAAGACCGCCGCUGCUACCGCUCCCCUCCCGCCGAAGGAUUUCAACGGCCCCUCGGCCCAGCACAUGUCGCAGCAGCCGCCCGCCGUCGGCCACUACCCUGCCUCGACCGCCGACACAGGCCACACGGGCUUCUCUCCCGUCGGCACGGGCGCCGCCGGCCACGGCUCCAUGUACGACCAGGGCGUCAGCCCCCCCGCCAGCCCGCCGCCGGCCUCCCAUAACAGCCCCUCACCCUCGGGAUACCCGCUCCCGCAGACCACGCCACCGCCCAGUAGCUUCGCCAGCGCCGCUGCCGCCUACAACCACUCGCCGCCCCCGACACAGUACCAGAACACCCCGCCGUCCGCAUACUCCUCCACCGGCUAUCCCACCCCGGGCUCGGCCGCUCACCCAGGCCCCUACCCCCCACAUCAGCCGGGAGCCUAUCCCCCUCAGCAGGGAGCCUAUCCCCCACAACAGCCGGAAGUCUAUCCUAUACAAGGAGGAGGCUAUCCCGCUCAGCCACAGCAGCAGUACCAGGCAUACGUGCCGCCGCCACACCAGCAGUUACACCACCCGCCGCAGCCGCCGCCGCAGCCGCAGACGUACUCUGAGCUGCCGACAGAGCGGGGAGACGGCGAAGUGCGCGAGCUGCAGGGCUGA